AUGGAAACUCAUAAACUAGAUGUGAGUGAUAUGCUGAAGCCAACAGAUGUGACUCAGAGAAAGUCUAAGAUUAUCUGCACACUUGGCCCAUCUUGAUCAACUCUGGAAGUUCUGCUCCAGAUGCUUGAUGCAGGCAUGAACAUCGCCAGGCUAAACUUCUCCCAUGGAAACCAUGAUACUCACAGAGAGAUGAUCAAGAAGUUAAAAGAGGCUAAAUAAGCUCAGGCCUGGUAACUCUUGUGGGAUCUUGCUUGAUACCAAGGGGCCCGAAAUCAGGACAGGAUUUCUGAAGGAUCACCAACCUGUUUCAUUCAUAAAGGAUCAAAGUCUUGAUAUCGUCAUUGAUUAUAGCACUGAAGGAGAUAAUACCAGAAUAGCUUGUAAUUAUAAGGAAUUGCCCACCACUGUAAAACCGAAAGACCAGAUCCUUAUCGCUGAUGGAGCCCUUGGCUGUCUAGUAACCGAGUGAUACGAGGAUAGAGUCAGAGUCAAGGUCAUGAACGAUGCUACUAUCGGAGAGAAGAAGAACAUGAAUUUACCAGGAAUUGAAGUCAACCUUCCCACACUUACCGAACAAGAUGAGAAUGACCUAGUCGAAUUCGGUAUUAAGGAAGGAGUUGACAUUAUUGCUGCCUCUUUCAUCAGGAAAGCCUCUGAUGUAGAAUACAUCAGAGAUGUUCUUGGAGCCAGAGGCGCUUAUAUUAAAAUAAUUUCCAAAAUCGAGAACCAAGAAGGUCUUGAGAACUUUGAUGACAUUCUAAUGGCAUCUGAUGGAAUCAUGGUCGCCAGAGGCGAUCUUGGCAUGGAGAUCCCAACUGAGAAAGUCUUCCUUGCUCAGAAAUACAUGGUUCAGAAGUGAAAUGCCUGGUCUAAACCAUGAAUUGUUGCUACUCAGAUGUUGGAAUCAAUGAUCAAAAGUCCAAGGCCUACCAGAGCAGAGGCUAGCGAUGUAGCGAAUGCGAUCCUCGAUGGAGCAGAUUGAGUGAUGCUCUCUGGAGAGACAGCAGGUGGUUCCUUCCCAAUAAAUGCUGUGAAGAUGAUGUCUCGAAUUGUUACUGAAGCUGAGAGUACGAUAAAUUAUCCUAAACUGCACCUAGAGUUGGUAAAAUAUUCCCCAACUAUUAUGGAAACCAAUGAGCUUUUAGCUGCUUCAUGUGCUCAAGCAGCUUUGAGCUUGAAUAUAGACCUGAUUAUUGUUAUUACCAAGACAGGCAGGAUGGCAAGGCUGGUAUCAAAGUAUAGGCCAUCCCAGAAGAUUCUAGCGUGAAGCACAUCUUUCCCCGUUAUUCGACAAAUGAACCUGAUGAGAGGGUGUAUUGGGUAUAGAGUUCCUUCUUUUCGAGGUAUCGACAGAAUUUUGAAAAAUCUAAUGAAAGCAGCUAAGAGCAUGGGAUAUUGAGCAUCCGGAAAUGUUGUAAUAGCAUUAAGAGCAAAUACAGAUAAUGUAACAGCCCAGUCGAACAUGAUGGAAAUUUUUGAGGUUGAAUAA